CGACAACUCCGUAAUCUACUCUAUCAUAUUCAAUGACGUCCCAGGCGGGCACGACGCCGUCCUCGACCCCGAGGAAACGCUCGUCAAACUCCAAGAUGGCUGCUAAUCAGUCUUUGAAUCACCUUCUCAACUUUAGCUUGCCACCAAGGCAGUCGCACACGGUGCAGAGUAUUCCCCGGAGGAGCAGGAGGACUGGGACCCAGCAGGGUGUGUGGAACAAAGAGAGGUACAUAAAUGCUCAGUAUCGGUUCGUAAUGAAUCCCAGUGGUGAUUAUACUGUGCACUUUGCCGAUCCGGACAUCUUCUUCCAAUGGCAAGACAUCCUGCAGAUAAUUGUUCCUCGAACAUCCGCGGUCGCCUCUACAUCUUCCAAUAGCACGGCUAUCAGUCAUGACCAGGGCCUCCAGACGUGCCCCAUAUGCUUAUCUCCUCCAAUUGCGCCUCGUAUGACGAAAUGCGGACAUGUAUUUUGUUUCCCUUGUAUUCUACAUCUCAUUAAUACCUCGGACAACCUCAAAUGGGUUCGCUGUCCCAUUUGCUUCGACUCUAUCAACGAGAAGCAGCUCAAGAGCGUAAAGUGGUACGACGGACCCUCGCAGACCGAAGAUGAUUCAGACCAACCUCUUGCUGAGUCAUCUUCCUCGGGCUCGAACGCAGAUCUCAGCGCCUUUCCCACUGGCCGCUCUGGUACUACGAUGCGUAUGCGGCUUAUGCAACGUCCUCAAAUCACUACACUUGCGUUGCCUCGGUCUUCGACAUGGCUUUCUGAGCUUCUGCCUCCCCACCAGGCGCCAUUCCACUUCCUCCCAGAUGUCUACGAAUUCUCGAAGUUCAUGCUGGCCACCCCUGCGUAUCUUAUUCAAGAUCUGACUAAGGACCUCGAUGACCUGGCUACUGAACGGCGUUCUUUGGUUGGAAUGCGAGACGAACUAUCGAUUACCUUCGUGGAUGCUGCGUCAGAGAAGGUUCGGGUUCAAAUUGCGAAAGCUGCUGCACUGGAGACUCCCAUGCUACGAAAUGCGAUCGAUAAGGCAACACGAGACCAGAGCGAGAUCGAGGCUCGUGUUUCUCGCGUUGCUCAGCGCAAGAAGGAGGAACAGGUCUCUGCGCAGGAUCAUGCUGAAGUUCCUUUAGAAUUCUUGGCUACACAAUCUUCCGGCUACCCAGCAGCUCCUACGGCUCCUGCCGGCGUCAGGUCCCCGUCUAAUAACCCGACUUCGAACCGGAAUGGACGGCAGAAGCGGAAUCUCAAUCCUCCGCCUCCAUCCACGCAGACAUACUAUUACUACCAGUCAGCCUCUGGUCUGCCGAUCUUCCUUCAUCCGUUGGACAUCAAGAUCCUGUUCGCCCACUUCCACAGCUAUGCCUCUUUCCCUGAUGCAAUCAACGUCCGCGUCGAGGCCUUCUCCGAGGGGAGCGUCAACGACGACCUGCGGAAGCGGUGCAAGUACCUUGCGCAUAUGCCGGAGGGUGCGGAUGUCGUAUUUGUUGAGGCGGACCUGGAGGGCGUGGUAGGUGAGGAAGGACUGCGGAACUUCGAGGGUCAUCUGAAGAGCCGCAGAGCACGGAGGAAGGAGAAGGAGCGGAAGGACGACAAGGCGAAGUUCAGAGCAGAGGAGCGGGAGAGGGAGAAGAUCGCCAGCGCAAUGGGGGUGAGAGGUGACGAGUGGGGCGGGUUCGCGCCCGCGGUCGUGCCAUCCCUUAUUGAGAUGGACCGGGCACCCACGCCCAUCGAGGAGGUGGCCAUUCCUGAGCGCCGAGCGUCCCCUCCUCAGGUGUCUGGAGCCUGGGGUGCGCGCAGCUUCGCGAGUGCGGCGCACGCUGCCUCGAGUGGGCGUGCUGGUCCUGCUGGUACUCAGCGGGCGAACCGGAGGGACGAGAUUCGAGUUGAUGACGAGGAGUGGGAUGCUGCUUGGCAUGAUCUCGAGUCGCGGAGCACUGGGAGGAAGAAGAAGAGUAAGCUGAUUCUGCUGGGAGGAGGGGGAGGCGGAAGGAGACGGUAAUUUAUGGUGCGUCUUGGGUGUUACGGCGGUGUAGCAUGGGAUUUUAGAGGAGGCGCGGAUAUUCGUAGUAAUACGUCUGUUUGUCCUACCUUGUACAGUAUAACUUCCAACAGCAAUUUGUGUAGCAUUAUAUUCAAGCAACCAUACAUACAUACAGCCAUUGCAUACACACUUUGGUAGCAUGCUGGUCUCACAGAUUGAAGUUGUUCGGUGCGGUCUAUGCAUUGCAGUUGUUUUUACAUUACUAUAGACAGGGUAAAAGAAAGGACUACUAAAAUCCAAUAGAUAGGAGGCAAGAGGCAUGGUGAGCAUCGAAACUGAAAGAAAUUCAUGCCGUGGGCUACAGUGGAAAUAAGGCGUCCAUGGCCAGUCCGUGCAUGGUAACCAGAUGCGGGCAAUUUGAUAUGAUAUGCGGCAUGGAAAGGAAUACGCAAAGCAGACGACGGGUGUUGAAGCAGCAAGACUUGAAAGCAUUAAAAGUUGCCAGAAGGGUAUACGCAUGCACGCCAGCCAUUAUAGCACGUAGUUUCUUGCAGUCGUGAAACAGCAUUUAUACAAAGACCGAGAGCGAGUUAAGAUUAGAGAGAGCGCAAGAGAACGUGACGGAUAUGUAUGAGUAGAAGCAGUGUAUCCACUGGAUCAGAUGAUCUGCAGGUAAUUUGAGGGUGCAAUUCCAACUGUCCCGUCCGCCUUCCUAGCUUGCCACCACUUUCCUUGCUUGUCCAAAAUGUCAAGAACUUCUCCUUUUGUAAAGGAGAUUUCGUUAGGGUCGUCGGGUGAAGCGGUGUAAGCAUAGAGCGCUUUAGCUUUGUACGAGUAAUUCUCCGCUGUGGGGUCUACUGGGUUCCCGCUUCCGGAUGGGCUGCUCAUACCACCUCCCGCCCCAAUGCCGGCAUUGCCACCCAUCAAAGGCGAAGUCGCCCCAGGCUGGUUAUCGCCGUUGAUCGACGCUCCGCCACCUCCAGGUGCGUUGCGCAGGCUCUCAGGCCCAGUGUUGCCCGUGAUGCUCCUGGUGGCGCCGCCCUCCAAGCUGCCGGCGUUGAUGCUGUUCUGACUCCUAAUGCCCGGCCCGGGCGCGAAGCUGUUGUUCGCGCCCAUCUUCGUAUCGUAGCCAAUACCGCCGCCGGAGGCGUAGCCUCCGGGCCCGUAGCCGUUUGCCCCGGCCAUGUUGUGUACAGACUGGGCGCGCGUCCUGCGACGCCGGGAAGGGGGGGUGAGGCCGCCUGUGCCGAGGGAAUUGAAUAUGUGCAGUGCGAGAGAGUCCUCCUCGGAGGUGAAGUAGAGGACCCAGAGGAUGUCGACGAUAGCGAGGAUGAGCC